CCAUCUUAGCGCUCCCUCCCCCGGUGCGGCGGGAUUGAAUGAGUCGCUGCCCGCCCGCCUGCCAGCCCAGCGCCAUGUCAGGCACUCCGAGCCGCGGCACCCCUGGCGGGACCCCGCUGUCGCCGACCCGCAUCUCCCGGCUGCAAGAGAAGGAGGAACUGCGGCAGCUCAAUGACCGCCUGGCCGUUUAUAUUGACCGUGUGCGGGCGCUGGAGCUGGAGAACGACCGGCUGCUUCUGAAGAUCUCGGAGAAGGAGGAGGUCACCACCCGGGAGGUGAGCGGAAUCAAGAGUCUCUAUGAGUCUGAACUGGCUGAUGCUCGAAGAGUUCUGGAUGAAACUGCCAAAGAGAGGGCUAGAUUACAAAUUGAAAUAGGAAAAUUGAGAGCAGAACUUGAGGAGUUCAAUAAAAGCUACAAGAAGAAAGAUGCAGAUUUGUCUGUGGCUCAGGGUCGCAUCAAGGAUCUGGAAGUUCUCUUCCAUAGAAGUGAAGCCGAACUCAAUACUGUCCUGAAUGAGAAACGCAGUCUGGAAGCAGAGGUGGCUGAUCUGCGUGCCCAGCUUGCUAAGGCUGAAGAUGGUCAUGCUGUGGCAAAGAAGCAGUUGGAGAAGGAGACACUCAUACGUGUGGACCUGGAAAAUCGGUGCCAGAGUUUGCAAGAAGAUCUGGAUUUCAGGAAGAAUGUAUUUGAGGAGGAAAUAAGGGAAACGAGAAAACGACAUGAGCAUCGUUUGAUUGAGGUGGACACAAGCCGCCAACAGGAGUAUGAAUCCAAAAUGACUCAAGCUCUGGAGGAUCUGCGAAAUCAACAUGAUGAACAAGUCAAACUGUAUAAGAUGGAGCUGGAGCAGACCUAUCAGGCUAAGCUGGAGAAUGCCAAAUUGUCCUCUGACCAAAAUGACAAAGCUGCUGGUGCAGCUCGAGAGGAGCUGAAGGAGGCUCGCAUGAGGAUAGAAGCUCUCAGCUACCAGCUUUCUGGUCUUCAGAAACAGGCCAGUGCAGCAGAAGAUCGCAUUCGGGAACUGGAAGAAAUGAUGGCUGGUGAGCGGGAGAAGUUUAGGAAGAUGCUGGAUGCAAAGGAGAGGGAAAUGACAGACAUGAGGGACCAGAUGCAGCUUCAGCUUACAGAGUACCAAGAACUGCUUGAUGUUAAAUUAGCACUGGACAUGGAGAUCAGUGCUUACCGAAAACUCCUGGAAGGAGAAGAGGAAAGGUUGAAGCUCUCUCCAAGUCCCUCCUCCCGUGUCACAGUCUCUCGAGCUACCUCCAGCAGCAGCAGCAGCAGCGCUUCGCUUGUUCGCUCUUCCCGAGGCAAGAGAAAGCGUAUUGAAGCAGAGGAGCUUUCCGGCAGUGGAACAAGUGGGAUUGGCACAGGAAGCAUCAGUGGCAGCAGCAGUAGCAGUAGCUUUCAAAUGUCCCAGCAAGCUUCAGCUACAGGAAAUAUCAGUAUAGAAGAGAUAGACCUGGAGGGCAAAUAUGUUCAGCUUAAGAACAACUCGGAGAAGGAUCAGUCUUUGGGUAACUGGAGACUGAAAAGACAGAUUGGAGAUGGAGAUGAAAUUGCUUACAAAUUUACUCCUAAGUAUGUCCUCAGAGCUGGGCAGACUGUUACAAUCUGGGGUGCAGAUGCGGGCGUAUCUCAUAGCCCCCCUUCUGUUCUCGUGUGGAAGAACCAAGGCAGCUGGGGCACUGGUGGAAAUAUCCGCACAUACCUCGUCAACUCUGAAGGAGAGGAAGUUGCAGUGAGAAGCAUUACUAAAUCAGUAGUUGUGCGAGAGAACGAAGAGGAAGAAGAUGAAACAGAAUAUGGAGAGGAAGACCUUUUCAACCAACAGGGCGAUCCCAGAACAACCUCUAGAGGAUGCUCAGUGAUGUGAAAAAAGAAGAAAGAAACUAUUAUUUGCGCUUUCCCCCUUCAUGUAUUUCCUUUUAUUUUUGCUAUUUUUUCCUUCCAGAGCCACUGAAAACUAUUUUUAUAUGCAUCACUUGAUUUCUUUGAAGUUUACUCCUUGGUACAUUUUUGUAAAAAAAAAAAACAAAACCAAAAAAACUUUACUGAACAAAACUGACAGGAUUUUUAAUAGAUUUCUUUAUUUUUCCCUCUUUGUUGAAACACUAUAUUGGAAUACAAUAUUUUUCCCCGUACAGAAUAUAAAAUCUUAUGUAGAAACCUAAAGCAGAAAAGAGAUUUUUAGCUAAAAUGAGAUGAGACUCCUUGAGUGUAUGGUAAAUCUAUAAUUGCAUAUAUAACCAAUAUAACACCCCCAGAAAAAAAGGUUUAAUGAAGUGUAUUCGUCUACAGGACUCUGGGAGAGAUUCACAGAGUGUUUCCUCCACAGCUGUAGAAAUUUUGCCUGGAAAUUUUGCAAUUUCCAGCUUAGGAAAAUUAGACCACAGAUUCGUUCAAAGUGCUGCUCCGCAAUUCCAACGACACAGGAAAGCUGUAUUUUAGGCAUUUUUGACUCAGGACCUUGCCAUUUUUCCAAGAUUUGAUAGCCUAAUGGUAAACCACCUGGGUCUGUCACACCUGAGCUCCGUGUCAUCAUUUCAAAAGAUGGAGAGUGGUGGGUUCUUCUUCCUGAGUAUACACACUAUCCUAAGCUGGAAGUGUCAAAUUCGGAGUUCGGACUUUGAUUUUUAGGGGAUUUUGCCAUGGUCACAAGUUAAAUCAUGGACACAAAUUGUGAUAUUCAGUAUUUAUGAUUUAAUUAUUUUGACAUAUUCAGCUUUAAAAAUAUUUGAUUAAGAUUUUAGAAGUAAAACAUAUUUAUACUUUUGACAGUGAUAAAUAUUGGGGAUUUAAAAGGUUAUACCAUGUAAAUGUUGACUUUUUAAUCAGAACUAGAUACAGCUUGUUCAUACUUCUGUUAGGUUCAAAGGGGCAUUGUCAGGUAUCCGAAGGAGCGGUAUUUGCAAAAUAGAGCAGAAAUAGUUGAAUGACUUUUAAACAGUUCAAAGAAACUGCCACUCUUUAGGACAUAAGUGACACAGCAUUCAAAUGCUCAAGGCAAAGUCUAACAAGGAGUGAAGGGAUAAUCAUGUUUUUUGUAAAAAAUGUGUUCUAUGAGUAGCAGGUGAUUUUUAUUUUAAUAGGAUGCAUUUUUUAUCUGACAGUGUCCAUUUAGCUUAAGGUUUCUACCACUGCAUUUCUCUGGAGAUAACUUAUAGUCCUACUCUUUCAACUACUAGCUAAAAAACAAACUUAGUAAUUUGGAUACAAAAUUUGGAUACCAUUUGAUUUCAGCAUAGAACCUGUUUUUACCUGCACUCUUGAACUCUGAUCUUAUCAUUCAAAUAGUUAAGACUCAUCAGACAAGUGACAAGGCUUGGAUGUUUUCGGUGGCUUUUGGACAUUACAUUCUCUGAACAGUAUCUUGACUGACAGAUAUAACCUAGAAAGUCGGUUUAGUGGCUCUGACUGAUGGCUUUGUUAUGCAAGCAGGGUGGGAACAAAAGGGGCUUUAAGCUUCAGGAUUUAUUUUGCCAUUUAAAAAUAAAGAUGCUACUUUUCUCUCUUUGAGUGCGAUGACUGAAUUGCUGAAGUUAAGCUAAUAGACGUAUAGAAUUAUGUUUUAAUCUAUUAUCAGAAGACCCAGUACAAAAAAACAGGAUGAAGAUUUGGCUGUUUGGGCUGAUGGGAUAACUGCAUUGAUGUACUUGGCCAUCUUUCUAAUUUUCCCACUCUGCUUGACUAGAAGGUUAAAUAUGUAGUAAAUCAUGUCUCUCUCUCUAUAAGAUGUAUCUAGUGAAAUUAUGUUUCUCAGACAUAUUGUUACAAUUACCUUUUCUAAAUUUUUUGUUAUCCAAAUGAAUGCAAUCAACAUAAAGUUAUUUUUGCAACAUGCCUUCCAACCACUGGACACCAUUUCCUUUUCUGACCCACAGCUUCUAUAAUACACUCACAUAGUAUUUGAGGGCUUUUUAAAUUUUUCCAUAAAGAGCUAUAUUUAUUUUUUUUUACAUGGACCAGUUUUCAGACUGCUUAUUCCUUUAAGAUUUUCCUGUAAAUUUAAGAUUAUUUUAAUCUUAAAUACUAAAGCAAUGAAUGUGUAAUUAAUUUACAUUUUUUUCUGUGCUUUUUGGUUUGUUUGUUUCCUGUAAAGAAUGGCCUCAGAAAGGCAGCUCAAAUGAAGAAAAACCUCUUGCUACCUGAGCCAUAGUUUUCUUAACAGCUACUGUAUGGGAAAUGUGUCUUAUUGUAGCCUUAAGAACUGGUGCUUGCAGAUCUCUUGGUUGAGCACUGUGCCCUUGAGUAACAGUCUGCAGAAUUUGUCCUUAGAAUUGGAACUGUGUCCUUUAACUUUGGAAACAGUUUAUUUGAUUCUUCAGGAUCAUAUUUAGAUAUAUAUAGGUCAAAUAAACCUGUGAUUGACACUGUGGGAAAAGCCAAGUCUGAAUGUGGAUGAUCCUGUUACCAGAGUGCUUUUUAAUAGGCUACUACAAAUAACUCCUAGCUGUAAAAUGCAAGACACAGAAGAACUACUGUAUUCCAUGUAUUUUCUUUUUUGUGUCACCUUCUCCAACCACCAUCCUGGCCUCUUGCUUUUGAUGCUGAGCUUCAGUCUAAUAGUGCUGUUCCAACCAGAUUGGGAGGCAGUUUUGUGGCUUUACCAGCCCAAAAAGCAUUGUUUCUUUUUUUUCUGUCUUUCCAAGAUUUCUUUCCAUUUUCAGGAUAUUUAAAGCUUUUUGUUCAAAUAAAAUCCAGUGCCCCCCUUCUCUUUGGUACUGUAUAUGAACCAGUCAUGAUGAAAUUAUAGCAUGGACAGCAGUUCAGCUCGAGUGUUGAUAUCUGGCAUAAUACUUGAAGGAGAAAUAGAUUUGACUUACCUGGAGAAAAAUUAUUUUAAGGUGUCUCUAAUGAGGAAAAUGAAACUUUUAUCAGAGUAGUUACUUGAGUGUAACUAUCCAUAUGGAUGUUCUUAUUCCAGAGAUACAACCUUAUUCUGGAUGAAAUAAUAAAUAGUUUUUCCUAUGUGUAGCUCAUAACAGAAUGUCAUAUAAAAUACCGUAAACACAUACUGCCUCCUCCUAAGCUCAUGCCACAUGAAAAUGCUUGUCUCAGAACAAGUCCAUCCAUCUGCAGACCUGUCAGGAAUGUGGUGCCUUCUGGAGUGAGGUGUGGCCUCAGAGUCCCUGGCGUUUCAUCACGCUUUUUUCUCCCUUGCUUCUGCAUUUGUUCCUUUAAGUGUUGCAUUGCAGUGACAUACUCCAAGGAGUGGAGUGGCUGGGAUUCCCUUGUUCCUGUUCAUCUGUAUUUCCUGUGAUUCCUUUGCUGCUGCACAGCUGUAUUUCCUGUUUCCCUUGUUGCUUCACAGCUCUGUUACCCGCAGGUCUCCUUAUGCCUAUAUGGUGCUCCUGCGUGGCUCUGGCAGAACCCAUCAUUUGCACUGACGUGUUGCUCACUUGUCUUUAGCUCUGUGUUGCCAUUAGAUAGACAGUUGGCUGCAUAGUCUGUUUGUAGCAGGAACCUAAAGUCUCAGGAAGAAUAUAUCUGCUUCCUGUGAUGUAAAAGCCAGCUGAGCAUGUGUGCAAGCUGGCAGUAGUGUGGGAAUUGUAACUGCAGUGUGAAGCAGGCUGCAGUGUGAAAGGAGAUCACUAUGUGUGGUGUUUGUCCUCAAGCAAUGAGACACUUCAUGUUCAGUUCAGGGAUCUUACUGGGUUUUAUGCACCUUUUUUUUUUCUUUUUUAAUGCUCAUUGUGUAUAAAAGCCCUUUAAUUGCAACCUGAACAGAGGUUGCAGGUUAGAAGAGACCUGUAAAAAUCCUCUCCACACCCCAGGACCUUGGAGAAUCUAUUACUUCUAUGCGCAUCAGAAAGGUUUUGAUGCUGCAGGAAAACAUGCAUGCUGUAUGUUCUAGAUCUCUUGUAGCCACUUCUCAUGUCUUCACUAUUAAACCAUUCUGUCUCUUUCUGUAUCUUCUUUUGAAAGUCUUAUCUCUAAACAAAGGCAUAUCCAUAUUUGAUCCUGCAUUUUAUUGACACUGUUGGGUCCAAACUGUGUGAGCAAAGCCUUGUGAACCAGUGAGUGGAAGAUGAGAUACUGAUUGCAUUUUUCAAAGCACUGUUUCAGUUGAAUGUCAGGACAAAUUAUAUUGGAGAGAUUGUUUUCUCAUUUUAAAUGGCCUGGGAAACAGAAUUUUUAUUUGCCCUUCAAUAUGCUUAGCUUUAAACCAGUUUAAGAAUAUUUAAAGGUGUUUGUUGUUUUUUGGGGUUUUUUUAAUACAAGACCAUAUUUACAUGCAAUUAUUAUUUGUAAAACAUACCUUUCUUGAAAUGCUAAGGUCUAGAGUGAAAAAAAUGUGAAAGCCUCCAUUCAGAAUAGCACAAGCAGUGAAUUGGAGUUCCAGAAAAUAUGAUGUUGUUUAUUGAACUUCCAGAUUUUCUAGUUAGCUAUUACUGAAGUGACAAGUCCAUCUUGGUAAGGCAGAUGUUAUUGUAUAUUCAGCUACCCACAUCAUUACACUAAAAUUACAAGCAAUAAUCUAUUUUGAACAAGUUUAAGCCAAAAUGCUUUCCAUUUGGGCAGAAUAUAAACUUGAUCUCUUACUUUCAUAGCAGUGAUGCCUUGUGACUUGAAUUGUGAUUUUUAUUUUAAAAUAUUUUUAAACAAAAUUUUGACUUUAGACAGGUCUGGCAUGAAGGCACUGCAGUAACCACCUCCAGUCAGCUGCUGCCGAUGACUUUAUGGAAGGUUGAAGUGUUUUAAAUAGGAAAUUCUGAGAAAGGUUGUUAACAGAAAAUACACAAAGACAAUGAAACAAUGAAAGUGUUGGAAAAACUUCAUAAUGACCUAGACUUUAUCAUUUCAAAGUGGUUGUUUUUUUUCUUUUUAGAAUAUGCAUGCCAAAUGUCUUGUCUUUUUCAAUGAUUUGUAAUAUACAUUUUAUGACUGGAAAUUUUUUGUACAACACACUCGAAUAAAUGUUUUGCAUUUUA